AUGGAGGCUCUAAACCCCUCCAUAACCCCCAAACCAUCUCUAUCCAGAACCUCUCAUCUCCUCACCUCCACUUUCAAACCCACAUCCUCUCCCCACAAUUCUCAUUUCUUCAAAACGUCGACACCCCUCUCCUUCUCAGUCACGUGUACGCUGAAGACCCCUCGAGAAAGCAAGAACAACAAAAACAACAAUAUAAGCAAGAAGAUUAUACUCUCCGAAGGAGCGCCGCCCCCGUUGGAGGAGAAGGGUGGCGGCGCCACCGGAGGCGACAAAGCUCCGCCCAAGUCAGGGAGUGGGGUGAUGCGUUCAGUGAAGAGGCUGCCGAGGAAGAUUUUGUCGGUUUUGUCUUAUCUGCCUUUGGCUAUUGGAGAAAUGUUCGUCAUUGCUGCUCUCAUGGCACUUGGAACUUUCAUUGAUCAAGGUGAGGCGCCGGAUCAUUAUUUCGACAAAUACCCUGAAAGUAGUCCUAUAUUAGGAAUUUUCACAUGGAGAUGGGUUUUGGCGCUUGGUUUUGACCAUAUGUACUCAUCUCCCGUUUUCCUUGCAUCAUUGGCUCUCCUGGCUGCAUCAUUAAUGGCCUGCACUUACACAACACAGAUACCUCUAGUCAAGGUUGCAAGAAGAUGGAGUUUUUUGCAAUCUUCUGAGGCCAUCAACAAGCAGGAGUUUUCAGAGUCGUUGCCAAGAGCUUCUGUUCAAGACUUGGGUGUUAUUCUUAUGGGAGCCGGAUAUGAGGUAUUCUUGAAGGGACCUUCUUUAUAUGCCUUUAGGGGGUUGGCCGGUCGGUUUGCCCCUAUUGGAGUACAUUUAGCAAUGCUGCUGAUUAUGGUUGGUGGAACUCUUAGUGCAACUGGGAGCUUCAGAGGAGAAGUUACAGUUCCACAAGGUUUAAAUUUUGUUGUGGGAGAUGUUUUAGGCCCAUCUGGAUUUCUCUCUACACCAACCGAUGCUUUCAGUACUGAGGUUCAUGUAAACAAGUUCUACAUGACCUAUUUCGACAGUGGAGAGGUAUCACAAUUUUAUACUGAUCUUUCACUUAUGGACAUAGAUGGUAAGGAGGUGCUGAGAAAAACAAUCAGCGUAAAUAACCCUUUAAGGUACGGAGGAAUCACCAUAUACCAGACAGAUUGGAGUAUUUCAGCGCUACAAGUAAUCAAGGAUAAUGAGGGGCCUUUUAAUUUGGCUGUGGCACCUCUUCAAAUUAAUGGAGACAAGAAGCUUUACGGAACCUUCUUACCUAUUGGCGAUGUUGAUGCUCCAAAAGUUAAGGGAAUAUCAAUGCUUUUGCGAGAUUUACAAUCAAUUGUCCUGUAUGAUCAAGAAGGGAAAUUUGUUGGAGUUCGACGACCAAGUUCUAAGCUUCCAAUUGAAAUCGAUGGCUCCAAAAUUAUUAUUGUAGAUGCAAUUGGCAGUACCGGUCUUGCCUUGAAGACUGACCCUGGAGUGCCGGUUGUAUAUGCUGGAUUUGGUGCUCUAAUGCUCACAACUUGCAUCAGUUUUCUAUCUCAUUCACAGAUAUGGGCCUUACAAGAUGGAACAGCAGUGGUCAUAGGGGGAAAAACCAACCGAGCAAAGGGUGAAUUUCCAGAAGAGAUGAAUCGCUUGCUUGAUCGGGUUCCUGAAUUGAUUGAUUCAUCUCUAUCCAAGCAAGCAGAUAGCAUUAGUGGCUAGUCUGACAUUCUGAAGAAAAAGCCAGAUAUCAUAGCACUUGAAAUGAUUGUCCACUCCAAACAAGGAUUGAAGUCAUCAUAGCACUUAAAAGGCAGUUGAGUAACCUUUCCUCGUCCAAAACUAUUCUUCAAAGCAGAAUUCAACACAUAGGCAAAGCAUAUCUAGCAGUUGAUUUGUUUUUCUCGAUGUAUACAUACAAGCAUACCCUUUGGCCUUUGUCUUCUGCUUCAUGGUGCAAAGUCCAAGUCUUCAAAACUAUUUGUUUUCUUAUCUAUGUAAAUGGAGUUGUUUCACCACCAUUACAUCUUGCCAUACAUACAUGUAACACUUACAUAUCAUAGU